UCUCGGAGAAAAGAAAAAACUAUUGUUCAGGCAAAAUGCUUUCCAUUCCAAUCGUCGCGGUAAGACACCGCCAUGUGGAAUGGCCCUCGCAUGUGCCUCGUGCUGUUCCAGGCCCUAGUGUGAAGCCACACAAUCCAUUCUCGCUAGCGGCUGCUUGCAGCGCUUGCUUUGUGGCAAGAAGGAAGAAAUUUCGCUCAGCAACCCCUUUGGCAAGUGGAAACAUGGCAGGUCACCAUGACUCAACGGCAAAACUGCGCAUUUUGUUGAUCAUUCAUGGAUAUCCUCCUCUCUACAAUGCUGGCUCUGAAGUUUACACCCAAACUUUGGCAAGAUCCUUGGCGGAUAAUGGUCAUGAUGUCUUGGUGUUUUGCCGGGAAGAGGACACCAUUGCGCCCUACUUCCGGAUGCGCGAUGACUUUGACGGGAAAGUUCCUCUGAAAAUCAUCAACCUUCCAAACUUCCGUGACCGCUAUCGUGUUGUGGAAGUAGACGAAGCCGUGAAAGCCAUUGUGGAGGAUUUCAACCCAGAUGUGGUGCAUUGUGGGCAUUUGAACCACCUGUCCAUGUCGCUGGUGGAUGUGGUGACAAAAAAAAACAUACCAUUCUUGUACACCUUGCACGACUACUGGCUGAACUGCCCACGUGGGCAAUUCAUUCAAUUUACUGGUGAUACCGACAGCGACCUGUGGCCAGUCUGCGAUGGACAGGAAGACACAAAGUGCUCACAGCGCUGCUAUGUGCCACGAAUCGGGUCUGGAGACCCAUCAUCCAGUGAAGACGAGAAGUACUGGACCUCCUGGAUUGCCAAGCGGAUGGCUUUCACACGAGCAACUUGCGACAAGAUAGAUUUGUUCAUUGCUCCGGCGCAACACUUGAAGAACCGAUUCAUCCAAGAAGGUUUUGCCCCUCAGUCCAAAGUCGUCUAUUGCGAUUACGGCUUUGACCUUGAGCGUCUUACUGGAAGGAGCAGGAAGGCAGAUGAGCCCUUCACCUUCGCAUAUAUCGGCACUCACAAGGAAAGCAAAGGCGUCCAGCACCUGAUCGAAGCUUUUGCCGGGUUGAUGCAGGACAAGUCAUUGCCAGCAACCAGACUAAAGAUCUAUGGCAGAACCUUGGGGCAGAGCACUGCAGCCCUGCGACGUCUUGCUGAGAGCCUCCUACCGCCUUCCAGCCCAGCUUCCGCCAACUUGGACUGGUGUGGCGAAUAUUGCAAUGAACGCAUCGUGGAGGAUGUCUUCAACAAGGUCGAUGCCAUUGUGGUACCUUCGAUAUGGCUGGAGAAUAGCCCCCUGGUCAUCCAUGAAGCACUGCAAGCAGGAGUGCUGGUGAUUACCGCGGAUGUUGGAGGGAUGGCAGAAUAUGUUCACCACGAGGUCAAUGGUCUUCUCUUCAAACAUCGGAGCCCAAAGGCUCUGGAGGAGCAGAUGCGCCGAUGCCUUUUGGAUCCAGCGAUGGCAAAAUCUUUGGCAAACAGAGGCUACUUGUUGUCAAAGAACGGUGAGAUCCCACCCAUAGCAGACCAUGUCGACCAGAUGGUGGAGCUCUAUAGGAGAGCCAUUCAGCAUCGCAGGUCGUCCAAUGUGCGGCAGGGCAAGCUGUUGCCAUGGCGUAUCACCUUUGAUACGAAUCCAGAUGAUUGCAACUUACACUGCGACAUGUGCGAAGGUUUUUCGCAGUACUCCACAGUCAAGGCAGAACGUAAGGGACUUAGUCCGAGACGGAUGCCAUUCGAGCUGGUGGAGAAAGUUCUUGAAGAAUUUGUUGAUCUGCAUCUCAAAGCCCCGGGAGAUUCCACUGCAUUGGAGGUGAUACCUUCAACUAUGGGAGAGCCGUUGCUGUACGAGCACUUCGAGCAGAUGCUAUCCCUGAUCCAACAGCAAGACAGACGCUUGAAGGAUCAAGGCUUGCCAGGCCUCCGUUUGAAUUUGACCACCAAUGGCACUUUUCCAAAGCUUGGCGCAAGAGGUUGGGCACCAAAAGUGCUUCCCAUCACAUCGGACAUCAAAAUUUCCUGGAAUGGAGCGACCAAAGGCACUCAAGAGUCCAUCAUGCACGGCCAGACGUUUGAGGAUGUACUGGAGAACGUGAAGGUCUUGGUCUCUGAGAGGGAUGCUCUUGUAAAAGCCGGCGGACACUUUUGCCGCCUCACUCUCCAGCUGACAUUUCUGGAGGAGAACUACCACGAGAUACCAGAUAUCAUUCGUCUUGCAGCUGAGUUGGGCAUCAACAGGGUCAAGGGCCAUCAUCUUUGGUCGCAUUGGAAAGAGAUGGAUGGCCGCUCCAUGAAGAGAGAUGCUGAUGCUGUAAGCCGCUGGAAUAGGAUGAUACCACUUGCAGAAGAGAUUGCCAACGCCAACAGCAUCCUGUUGGAGGGCAUCCAUGUGAUACCCGAAACAGCCGCUGAAGAUUUGGCGCCAGGGGCUCCCUGCCCUUUCUUGGCUAAGGAGGUCUGGGUGGCAGCGGAUGGGCGCUUCAACGUGUGUUGCGCGCCAAAUGACCAGGGGCUUCAGUUGGGUUAUUUUGGCAAUCUCGGAGAGAACAACUUGGAGGAGAUAUUGAAUGGUGAGCCCUAUCAAUCCUUGCUGUCCACUUAUUCCACCUGUGCUUUGUGCCAGGGUUGCAACAUGCGCCGUUGGCCUCAGCAACAAUCAGGUGAUAUUGAUGAGUCCUCAGCGUUGAGUUGGUCCAGCGUUGAAACUGUUUGAGGACGAUGCUCUGAUUCGCCUGUUGUGCGCUGUGAAGAAUUGCUCCGGGGUUGACUUGUUCCAUGGAGAUUCAUCCGAUAGCGCACCGAGUGCUGCAACUGUUGAGCACAGAAAAUUUUAUUAGCAGUUUCCCCUCGGUUGGCCAGUUCUAGUAAAGUUGCGACAGCUCCACCUGAAAGAGCGUCGCACCCUGGCAGUGAAACCAACUCGCAUGACCCGCAUCAAGUGUUGGAUUGUGUACACUUUUGAUGGUGUCAUGUCAUGCGGGCAUGGGGAGCCGACGAAACAGAGUGGUGCAAUACGCCUGUUCCACAGCGGGUGAAAAUUCUGGAUUGGAACUUGCGUUGAUCCAGUGGAUGAGCAGAAUGUGAUGAACAAAUUUAGACCUGCCAAGACGAAAACAAGACAGGAUGUUUUGCAACUGG